AUGGGUCCAAUAUUUUGUGCUGCUUGGGGAGUGACUCAGGAGUUGCAACGAUUGCAAAGGGAAGGUGUUCUCGUGCCUGUAAAGACUUCCGAGUGGGCAGCGCCGAUUGUUCCAGUGCCCAAGAAGGACGGGCGAGUCCGAGUGUGUGGGGACUUCAAAGUCACUGUGAACCCUGUUGCCACGAUCGGGAAGAACCCUAUUCCCCGCAUAGAUGAUCUAUGGGCCACGCUUUCAGGUGGCGAAAAAUUCACCAAACUAGACUUAAAAGAUGCGUACCAACAAGUCGUCCUCGACCAAGAAUCUAGAAAGUAUGUGACCAUCUCAACGCAUAUAGGACUGGUUCAGUACACCCGUUUACCUUUCGGCGUGUCGUCAGCACCUGCUAUAUUCCAGCGCGAGAUGGAGAACUUGUUCCGUGGUCUUUCGCACGUUGCUGUAUAUUUUGAUGACAUAUUGGUCACCGGACGUGAUGAUGCUGAACACAUGCGUAACUUGGACCGCCUUCAUCGUGUCGGACUCAAAUUGAAGCGCGAAAAGUGCCAGUUCUUUGUGUCGCAUGUCAACUACUUGGGACACAUCAUCAGUAAGGAGGGUCUUUCCCCGGACAAGGACAAAGUGGCUGCCAUCACUCAAGCAACCAGCUCCUCGUGA